CCGGCGCGCGGCUCAGAGCAGCCAAUAACCGUCCGGGCGAAGCCGCCUCGCGAGCCUCUUGCGUCUGCUUUGAAAAAGCUUCGAAUCUCAACCGCCAACCCUGAGGGGAGGGGGCUCGAGGGGAAAGAGGCCGCCGCGCUCGCCGUUGUUUACAGCCUGACCUCUCUCUCUCUGAGGUGGGCGAAGGAAAAAACGCGGGAGCCGCUGUUUUUCUCCCCGCCCCCCCACUAGGCCAGCGAUUCGAAAUGCAGGUAAGCGACCGGAUGUUUCUGGAAUGUAACGGCUGUCGGCCUUUUGACGAGGGCAGGUUUGGAAAGGGCCUUCGGACGAGCCCUCGGGCUGCAGAGCGGCGCUCCCGUUAGCCAAUCAACGCCUGGCCUCGCUCGUCAACAUUCCAGAGCCAGCCAAUCAGGACGCAGGAAGGUUGGGCUGCAGAAUUGGGAGACAACAUAUUCGCGAAGUGGAUCUCGCGGAAGCCUCGGGGCGCGGGGGGCGCGCGCGUGUAAUACGAAGAGCCAGGCGGCCCGGGUUCGAAUCCUCUCUCCGCUCAGCCUCCGACUCGCGCGGGGUGAAUUGGAGCCAGUUGCUGCCUCAGCACUGCCUGCCUCGCCGGGUUCUGGAGAGGACGGUUAAAGGGAAAAUAAAGAACUUGACGGGGAAAGGGGGCGGGAUUCAACUCCUGAGCUCUUUGAUGAGAGGAUAUGUGAGUUUAAUAAUAAUAAUAUAGUGUAGAUGUAGAGGAAGGUUGUUUAAGUGCUCCUAUUGUUUUUGUUUUCAUGCUUUCUAGUUCUUUCUUUAUCUUAUAUAAGAUCAUCCCUAUAUGCUAUAUUGUAACUAAGCCGAAAGUAUGUACGGUAUACAGUAAUAAGUGAAACGAUCUUUUAUUCUUUUUGUCCCUGCUUCCCUUUCCCACUGCCUUCCCCCUUUUUGCUUCUGAUAUCAAUUUUUAUCUGAUAAGCCCUUUUGGGGUAGGAAAUAGUGAUGACUGUUCUUUCUACGGUACCCUGUAUGUGGAUGGCGGUAUAUACAUAUUCAAUAUAAGUUGCUUGCAUUAGAGCCAUUAGAGGGGAAAGGGCAAGGUAAGAUGGAAGGGCAGUAAUUAUAAAAUGCCUCAAACGUGAUGUGCUGUGAUAGUUAAAAACAAUGAACUUUGUGAGUAGGGACAUGCGUUCUUUUAAAAAAUGGAUUUAAAGACAGAAGGGGGGAAGUGGAAGCAAAAAAAAACAGCUUCGUCGUUAAAAAUGCAUUUAUUGAAGGAUCAGUAGGGUCUGAAAUGCACUGGAUCAAUAAAUACGAUAAGGAUAAAAAAUGGAAAGUACUGAUACUGCAGGAAUGUUAAAAGAGCAUGUUUAAUAAUACUUCAACUGCUUUAGAUUUUUCAGAGCACUUCCUGUAGACUGUAUCUUACGCUAUGCAAUAGGAGUGGGGGACUUGGGGGGCCUAAAAUAUUUUUAUUGAACUUUAGAUUUUAUCAGCCCCAGCCAGCAUAGCCAAUGGUCAGGGAUGAUGAGACUUGUAGUUUAACAUAUGGAGACCAGUCUUGUGCUUUUUUUUCUGGAGGUAAAUUGUACGCAGUACCAGCACCCUUUUUUUCCUAGAAGAAAAGUACUGGGAGCCGCAACUACCUUAUAAGGAAGACCAAUACUUUUUUCUCCAUAUUGUAAAUGGGAAUCUGUAACCUAAGGCCUUUUCUUUGUAAUGACUGAGAGGAAGUUUGAACAGGGACCUUUCUUCCAUUUGUGCAGUUUCAUGGUUGAUUCAGAAGUUAGCUGCUCUGAAUUCAAUGGAAUUUGCUCCCAAAUCAGUAUGAAUUGGAUUGCGGGCUCAAUUUCUAACUGCUGUUACACACUCAAGCCACUUUUAGAAAAUCGCCUCUGCUCAUAUGCCUUCAACAGCUUUCUCACUGGUAGAAAUUAAGCAGGUAAAGAUUUUGCUGUUGGCAUGAUGGAAGAAAAACAACUUUGUCUAACUUCAGUCUGUUACGUCUUUCUGUGUAUCUUUUGCAGGUAAAUAAGUGAAGGCAAAGCAUCACUGUCCUCCCCCUCUUGUGCCAGUGCUUACCACAAAUUUAUUUUAUUAUUUAUUAAUUACAUUUCUAUUCCAUUUUUCUCCAAGGAGCUCAAGGCAACAUACAAGGUUCCCCCACUCCAUUUUAUCCUUUCAACAACCCCGUGAGGUAAGUUAGGCUAAGAGAGUGACUAGCCCAAGGUCACCCAGCAAGCUUAAUCACUAACUGGAUAUUUCAGUGUGAUUCUCAUCAGUCUUAGUGAUAUCCUAACCGCUUCGCCAACUGGAUGUGAUGGUUGGUGAUAGCUAGGAAAUCUGGAAGACGGUGAAAGAAUGACAGUUAAAUCUUAGUGUAAAUUAAACAGAUGGAAACAACACAUAUGAAUAUGAGAGAAUUACUUGUACCUGAUCCUAACUGCUUUGUUCAGAACUAAGGCUGCAGCCCUAAGUCCCAUUGCACUCAUUAGGACUUUCUUCUGAGUUUCUUCUGUUUUCUGUCCAGUUUCUCUGACUCAUGCAAGACUGGCAGGGCUCUGAAUUUGGUGGUUCUUUUGCUUUCUCCAUCCCCUUUUCCUCCAUUUUUCUAUUAAAUUGACCUCACAUUAGAACCAUGCUGGAAUAAUGCAUUGGCUUAUUUCCAAGUAAUCAUGAAUGGCACAGAUUUGUAGGGCUGGAACCCAGUCUUUAGAGUUUUAGUUUAUUGAUUCAUUUAAUUUUAAAUUUGUAGGUGUGUGAAUUUAUUUCUGAACUAGUAAGCAUACUUGCUUUGAUUUUAAAUGCUGCAGGCAUUAUAGCAAAUAGCAGCUUUGUAAAGGCAUUCGUCCUGUGUGAGAGAAAAGAGAAUGCCAGUUUCACCACAGUAGUUGCCAUUUGCAGUUUUUAUAACCACAUGUAUUAAGAAUAAGUUUUUAAAAUAAAAAAUCUGCCCAAUGAAUUGGGGGCACCUAUUUAAUCAAUUAAGGUUUUUUAAAAAUGAGUUAAAUUAACCGAUCAAUUGAUUAAAUGUGACAGUCAUAAUUGUUUAUUACUUUACUUGGUUUUUAAAAAAAAUUCAAGUUUUUUUCCAACUGCCUUGUGUGUGUCUCUGCAUCCCUUCUGGCAUGACCCUUCAAGAAGCUAGAUCCAGCUCAAGGGGCUGCUGGUUACUAGUCCCUAAUCCUGUGGACUAAGUGGCUGGGGUUUGGGGUUGAUUUUUGAAGGGAAAAUUUGCAGUAAAGAAAAUGGAUAAGUGGAGGAGCAGACAAUCAGAAGGAUGGAAGCUAGAGGAGAAGCCAAAGGCUGAGGUAGAGAAAAUGUAGGGAUGUGAUCAUUUCUUUGGCUGGUAACCUGGUUCCUUUGCCAUAGGUGGUUAUUUCUUAUACUGGAAAGGUGUUUGUACCUGAGUGAUUUACCAUGCUUCUCCCCUGCUUCAUUGGGAUAGGAAGCUUUUUAUCCAUUUCAAUCACCCUGUUGUUUGCAUUGCCUUUGAUAAACAGUUGUAUUAUAUAUUACAUUUCUAAUCUUCGUUAGAACUUUUGAAACUUUUUGUGCAAGAGACAUAACUUUAUAUUUAUACAGGGGUUGCCAACCUUUUUGGACCAGUGCACACGCAGUGCACAACUUUUGAAAGAGUUCUCUUGAUGCCAGUCACAAAAUGGCUGCUGUGUAGGGGGUAUGACAAAAACAUAAAAUCAGAGAGCACAGUAAAUAGUAAAGCUUUUCCCCCACUAGAGGAAGCUUAACCUGUUGAAUUUCUGCCUACCAUACAGCAAGGGGUGGCUCCAUGUUUCAGGAAGCCCUUGGGCUCAGGAUAUGAGUUGGCCUUUUUCAUUUUCUCAAACCACAUCCCUCCUCCAAUGUUGUCUAAUGUUGCAACCCCAUAUUGUUAAAGUCAGUUGUUUAGGGCUUUAAAAAUCAAUGCAAGUAACUUGAGGUGGGCCUAGGAGACAUUUGGCAACCAGUUUACGAUUUGCUUUUAUGUUUUAAUUUCUUGGCUAAUCUUGUGUUCAACUAUCAUUGCAUUGGUUUAGCUAGAUUUUUGAAGGGAAAUGUUAUGUUUGCAGUAUGGUGAGAAACUGAGGAUGUAGCACAAAUAAUUAAUGCACACAGAACUGAGGAAGGGAAGAAGUAGGUCAGCCAUUAUGUGCUGGAAAAUGGUUAAUUCCUGCUUUCUCAGUGUGGUCUCUUAACCUCUAAGGAUUCUUCUUUGUUGGUGAUGUGGCAUUCAUGUAUUCUGCUACAUUGGUAGAUUGACGGAAGUGACAGGGAAUUUGGUUAGAAUGUUGUGGAUAUCCAUGAUGGGUAGAAUUGUUUUAUUGUGCUUAGAAAAUGUUUGUUUAAAUGAAUGAUUUUCCCAGAAGAUGUUGACUGGUCAUGAGAAUAUAGCAGGUGUUGAUGUGCAUGUGGUGUAGUAGGAAGAGUGGAUGAGGCUCAAAUCAAAAUAGAGCAAUUAACUGUUUUAGGGGACUUUUUAGAACUGUUUCUUAGCUUCAUCUAUGACAUGGGAAUAUUCAGCUGAAUUGCUGAAGUCACUCUUUUUGAUGAAAACAAUCAACUACAGUGGUGCCUCGCAAGACGAAAUUAAUCCGUUCCGCGAGAGUCUUCGUCUAGCGGUUUUUUCGUCUUGCGAAGCAAGCCCAUUGACGGAUUAGCGCUAUUAGCGGUUUAGCGGCUAUUAAAGGCUUAAAGGCUUAGGGAUUAGCUGCUAAAAGGCUAUUAAAGGCUAUUAAAGGCUUAGCAGAUUAGAUAAAGGGGGGGAAAAGCGAAAAAAAAUCUCAAGACUCGCAAGGUAUUUUCGUCUUGCGAAGCAAGCCCAUAGGGGAAUUCGUCCUGCGAAGCAACUUCAAAACGGAAAACCCUUUCGUCUAGCGGUUUUUCCGUCUUGCGAGGCAUUCGUCUUGCGGGGCACCACUGUACUCAGUUUUGACUGGCAUGUAUAGGAAAAUGUGGAACAGUUGCUUGGGUUCAGCCAAGUAACAACUUGAUUUCUGUAGCUUUGAAGAUACUUGUUUCAAGCCUUGAUUCUGAAAGCACCUUAAUGAAGUUGGACUGCUAAAUAGUUGCCAUGAUUUCGAACACUGAAUGUUGAUGUACCACCUUCUUUCCCUUCCUUCUUUUUGAAGUGGGUGUGUCACGUAUUUUUCUUUUUCUUUUUAAAAGGAUAACCACAUGCUUUGCAAGCAUGAGAUAUGGAAAACCUGGGCUUGGUGAAAAUUGAUCAAGAGGCUGCUUCUGUAGACACCAAUACCAGAGAUGAUCAGAACUCUGUUGGCUGUGAUGUCAGUAAUAACAGGUAAAUGUGAUAGGCUGAUUUUUUUCAAAUUAGAAAGGCACUCUAACAUAGACAGUCAUUUCAGCAAAAAGUGCAACACUCAGUGCAACUUAAUAUAUUUUUCUAUGUAUAAGAUGAUUUUUUGUUUAAAAAAUUAGUCAAAAAUUGGGGGUCAUCUUAUACACAGAUGAUGAAUGCACAGGAAUUUAAAAAAGCACCACUUACCUUCCUGUGGCUGCCGUGAAGAAGCUGCUGGAACAACCAAUCAUUUCACUUAACCGCUUCUGCCAACCAAUGCAUGCACCUCAGCUAACCAUUACUGCCGUUGCUGAUGUUUAAAUAUACGGUAGUAAAUAUACCAGUCCUCAGUUGUGUAGGUAGGCGGGAGUGGGGGUGCCACUGGGCGUACCUGGGCCUCAGGGUGGAAGUGUCCGUCCCGUGUGCUCGGCUUAACAACUUUGAAUAUUUUAUUAAAUAUCAAAUUUUUGUUUGAUGUUUAAAAUAUUGAUUUCUUAAUUUUGGGUUCAAAAAAGUAGGGGUCGUCUUAUGCAUGGGGGCAUAUUUAUACUCGGAAAAAUACCGUAUGUGUCAGUCAUCAAGAAAAAAGUCUUCUGGUAUGGAGGCUGAUCUUGGAGGCAAGUUGCAUAUUUUUGUUAAAAGAUCAGCAGUUUUAUAUUUGAGUUCUUUAAGAACACUCAAGUGGAUGCUAUCCAGGCCUGGUAAUUUGUCAGUUCUUAAAUUGGUCAGUAAGGCCUAGAACUCACAUCUCUUGUCACCAUUAUUUGCCUUAGAUGCCCUUUCCAAGGAGGUUAGUUUAGGUACAGGGAUCUGCCCUAUAUUUUCUGCUGUGAAGAAUUGGAGCGGUGUGUGAGGGAAAACUCAGUGGGAAGAGAUCUUCUUAAGUAGUUCUGUCUCAUGAAUUUCAUUGGAAUGUGUGUGUCCCUAGUUAUGUCUGAACCACACUGGUCUCACUAAAGACUAGUUUGCUAAUGAAGCCACACUAUUGGAUAUUAAUACAGUAGUACCUCAGGUUACAUACGCUUCAGGUUACAGACUCCGCUAACCCAGAAAUAGUGCUUCAGGUUAAGAACUUUGCUUCAGGAUGAGAACAGAAAUCGUGCUCUGGCGGCGCAGCAGCAGCAAGAGGCCCCAUUAGCUAAAGUGGUGCUUCAGGUUAAGAACAGUUUCAGGUUAAGUACGGACCUCUGGAACGAAUUAAGUACUUAACCUGAGGUACAACUGUAGUAUAGUAAUAAUUGUACUUUUUGAGUUCUAUACACUCAUUCUCAUUGAUGAGACAGUUAUUUUCACUGAGUUUAACAACUUUCUUGUCAAGGUUUGGAAAUUCUUUACCUCUUUGUAAGUGUUUCCUGUGGUCUGUUCUUUUUUGUUUUCAGCACAAAGCAGUUAUGCCGCUAGCAUAAUACUAUAGAGACGGCUUUGUCUGGCAUUUGGCGUAAUAAAUAAUUCACUUAUUUUUUCUUCAGCACCAGCAGUCCCUUCUCAAACCCAAAUGGCAUCUCCAGUUUCUCAGGGAAAACCAUCCCUCCUGUAAUACAUUGUGAUGUUGGUCCUUCUUCCUUCAUGCAAAACGCUCAACGGAAUAGUGACUCGGAACUAUUGAAAAACUGUGAGGUAGGUAACGUUCUUUUCUCAGUGAUCAAGAACAUUUAAACAUUAAAAAAAAUCUUACAAAAGCAUCGUGUUAUGAAAAAUUGUAAGAGUCUAUACUGUGAUUGUAGGGGGAAAGUAUGUAAUUCUAUUCAUUUGCAGUGAACACAAUCUCCAGGACUGGUAUGAAUCUCACAUUGAAGCAUAGUUUUUUUUAAAAAAAAAUAAGUUUUAAUGUGAACGCAAAGCAUGCUAGUGCACACUGCUCAAAACCCCUGCCCCUGCCAUUGCACCCCAGGAAAUAAGCCAGACUCUAGCUUGUUGUGAUGUCUAAUGCUUGAAGUUUUCCCCUCCAAACACGCUCAAGGUCUGUUCUCUUUUUUCCCCUCUUUUUUCUUUUUUAAAAAAUUAGUCAUUUUUCUUUUUCAUUCAUUACACAUCUUUUAUUCAUAACAUUUACUAUGCAUUCCUCCCUCCCUCCCCUCCUAGGCUUCCCCCAACUUCCGCUUUUGGUUUGUUUCUCCUUUUACCCACUUUGCUGCUUCUUAAAAGAAAAGGCUACUAAUAACAUAUUUAUACAAUAACAUCAAACCUAAAAACAUAAAAAUAACAAUGAAUACACCAUAUUAUUUCUCUAAUACUAACAAUGUGAAUGUUUAUGCCAUCAAGUCUAUAGACUUUCUUUGUUUCUGCAAGUAUAAUAUAAAUGGUUCCCAUUCUUUUUCAAAGUCACUGUUGUCUUUUUCUCUUAAUCUGUCUGUCAUUUUUGCCAGUUCUGCAUAGUUCAUCAACUUCUCUUGCCAUUGUUCUUUAGUUGGUAUUUCUCCAGUCUUCCAAUUUUGUGCGAUCAACAUUCUCGCUGCUGUAGUGGCAUACAUAAAGUCCUCUUUUCUUUUGGUAUAUCUUGGCCUAAAUACCUAAUAGAAAGGCAUCUGGUUUUUUUACAAAAGUUAUUUUCAACAUUUUCUCCAAUUCAUUACAUAUCAUUUCCCAAUAAGCUUUUACCUUUUUGCAAUCCCACCACAUAUGAUAAAACGUGCCUUCUGCUUCACACCUCCAGCACUCUUUCUUUUCAUUUUUAUACAUUUUUGCCAAUUUAACCAGUGAUAUAUACCAUCUAUACAUCAUUUUCAUAUAAUUCUCAAUAAUAUGCAAUCUGUAAAUUUCAAAUUUACUUUCCACAAUUUUACCCAGUCCUAUAUCCUGUUAUGGCCUAUAUUUUGUGCCCAUUUGAUCAUUACCGAUUUUACUUCUUCAUCCUUAGUUUCCCAUUCCAAAAGAAUAUUAUAUUCCUUUUUCAAUAAUUUUGUGUUUUCUUCUAUCACUUCCUUUUGGAAUUUGGAAACCGAAUAUGAGAAGCCUUUUUUUAUUAUCCUCUUCAAAGAUAUCCUUUAAUUGUCUAUGUUGCAGCCAGCUUUGUAGAUGUUCUUUUAUUUCAUCAUAUUCUUUCAAUUUUAAGUUUCCCUCUUGUUCAAUCAGCAGCUCUCCCUAUCUCUCAGCUGAUAGAGAACUCAAGGUCUGUUCUCAGCUUGUUGCUUCUACCGGUAAUUUACUUAGGGAGAAACAAACUGUUAGCCAAGGUUUGAACUUCUCAACAAGCCAGACUCUAACUUGUUUCCUGGCAGUGCAGAGAGGGAGGAAUAGGCUGAGAAUUUUUCAGCAGCAUGCAAUAGCAUGCUGCAUAUUCACCAUUAAACCAUGGUUUGUUUUUAAUUGGGGAACCUCCAGUCCACAGGUCCAAUUAGACUUGUAAGGCCAUUUUGGCUUACCCAGUUAACCUACACAUGAUGACAGGUAAAGAAGUGGCUGGGUUGCAGACACCACUGAUUGUCAGGGCUUCCAUAGCUCCAUACACAGUCCUAGACAGCACGAGAGAUUUCAUUGUCUGCCUCUACUGUGCUAGAUGUAAAACAAAAAUGGAAGAAAAUGUGUUUUUCAUCUUUUUUCUUUUAAUUCAUAUUUAAUAGAUCAGGUGGCUGCGAUUGUUCCAGCUGGUGGAGAAGCAAUGCCAAGAACAAAUAGUUGCCCAGCAAAAAGUGUUCUAUCAUCAGAUUCAUGUAAGUAUUUUGGUUUGCUUGACUGUUUUAAAUUGAAGCAGUUUCUCAUUAGUGUGAGGUUGGUGUCAUUACAGAGGCAAAGACAGCUGUUAGUGAUGUGAAUGCUUCUUCCUGUGCUUUCCUAGUACAUAAGAUGCAUGACAUGUCCUAAGCUGGCAGAGAUGUGUAUGCAUAGGUACAGAUAAAAAUGUUUAUAAAUGUAACAGCUUUGUGUACAAGCACAUACACUCCUGUCAGCCUAGGAUACUAUUUCAUACACCUGUUGAAAUUAUCUCUUUGAAAGUUUUUAUUGCAAUAUAUUUGCUAGUAUCUUGAAGUUAGUCAGCCUGAUUAUUGCACCGUAGAAAAUAUUCUUGCUUUCUGGUGCAUGGGGUUAGCAGUCAAUUUUUUUGCAACCAUUUUUCUCUCCACUGUGGACCACAGUUCUUCACUUUUUCAUUGCUUCUGAUUUUUUUUGCCCUUAAGCUAGGGGGAAGUGUGAACUCCACCUGGUGCACUUUUUAGGCUAAUACAUGAAGCAUUUGAUGGCUGUCUUCUGGACCAUAAUUGUGAUCCCGUUUUAACUGCUUAACUGUACAUAGUUUUAGGUGUCAAUGGCUCUAUGGAGCAUAAAGUAAGAUAGAUGUAAAAAGAUUUGAUAUAUUUGUUUGUUGGUGUAUCUAAAAUGAAAACUUAAUAAAAAGCAUAUUCAAAAAACAAACAAACAUAGUUUUAGGUGUCAGCAGGUUUGUGUGUUUGUGUGUGCGCGCUCGUGCGUGUGCGCGGUAGAGAAGUGAAUAACUCUUAUUCAUUUUUGGUGUACUAUAAAGAGUUCUUGGUAGCAUAGCCUUGACUUUUUUAAAGAAGGAAAGUGAUAAUGUGCUUUUGAAUUUGCAGUAUUCUGAGAGACCAAAUGCAUGCUUUUGCCACCAUGUGGUAUAUAAAAAGGAAUAUUUUGUCCUUUACAGUCCUGAAUUAAAUUUUCUCAUCUUGCUAUCCCAUAAUUGCAGGGCAUCAGGAGUACAGAUCUAGAAUAGCUGAGUAGGAUGAACUGAGUCUUUAACACCAGAAUAAGAGUUCAACUAAAUGCCUUUUGGAGAGGUCCUGUUCAAGAGCAGUGGUACGUCUCCAGCCUCAACUCUCUCAUUAGCUAUGUAGGGCCAUAUGGAGCUUAGCAUGGUAUAGCAGCCAUUCUAAUAAUGACUACAAAAGUAGUUCAAUUCCUAGGUAACAGUUAUUUAGACAUAUGCUCUGCGCUGAACUGAAGACAUGUUUCAGCAAACUGUCUUGCUAUCUGGGUGACCAGAUGCUUGGGAUAUUUCUACAUUUCUUUACUAUAAUAUGUGAAAACUGUUACUUGGCAUAAAUAAUAUCUUUUUCUCUUAAGUUCAAAUUCUCCCUCAUGCCUAUUUCGCAAUAAAGUCAGCAUAUAUGAGUCACUUUCCAUAUGUGAAAACCGAUAUUUGAUACAUUUAAUAGAUGUUUCAAUACAUUUUUAAUAUUUAUACCCUUUUGGUUACUGUUUUUCCCUUCCAUUUCCUGAUGGUCCUCUGCACUAAUAGUAACCAACAGCUCCUGAAACAAAUAACAAAGAGGUAUUGUUCUUUUUCAUUCUUUUUCCGCCCUUCCUGUUUCCUUCCUCCUUACUUUCUUUUUGUCUUGCAUCUUUUUUCAUCCAUGUUGGUAUUUCUUCUCUGUGUUAGGUGUCUACGAUCAUGUGUUGCUAUGGAGAGGCCUGAUUGCUCACUGAAGGGUGCUUGCCGGGGUUGCUGGUUUUCAAAACUAACCCGGUGGAAGCACCGCUGAUGCACCAAGUUUGCCUGAUCAACACUUGGCAUUUCUUAUGCAGAUUCAUUGAAGUUGUUGUGUGUAAUUCUGAAAAGCGUUGGUCACACCUGAACACCAUUUCUUAGGAUGAGAGACUGGUUCUGUAUUUUGAGUUUUCUGGAUGAUAGAAAUGUUCUCAUUAUUCGUGGCCUUACAGAAACAUGUUGGUUACAUGUGGCAAUCAUGCUAUAUAUUAGGCUGAAAACUUAAUGGUUGUAUUUGAAUUUGGCUAAUUCCCAUGAAGAUAUGUUUUGUUUUUGGCAAUGAGACCACAAAACCUCAUAUUAAAAUUGAACAUUUUUUUGCUAGGUCUGGUCCAGAAAUGUUUUAAAAGAUGAGCAGCUUCACUUCUUCUAAGCAUUCUAUUUUGAAGAAUAAAUGCAACCAUAACUAUGCCUGGUGUGGAAUAUGCUUAAUUAAAAUUAAUGGGUCUUCAUUCCAAAUUUAGAGACACAAUACACAUAUACCAAUCAUUGGUCCUGAGCAAACCAGUGGUUUCAUUAAACAAGUAAUUCCAAUUGGAGGCUUGUAGCUGCUAUUUGUCUGCUUGGGGAGGUGGAGAUAGCUGGGGGAAUGUGGUAGAGAUUGGGAAUAAGAAUUGUGGUUAUUUUAAGUACUAUACAUGGAUUUUGAGGCAGGCUAGCAGGAAAAGCAAAUUAGAAGUGGUUAGUGGCAUUGCGUCUCUCCAGAAUUGCCCAUGGAUGUGCUAUGAGUAUCACUGGAAAAGCUGGCUUCCAUGGCUUUAAAACUUUACUAAUUUUAUUUAUUAGGUCAACUUUGCAGGGUGAGUAACAAUUAUUUCUGGACAUGAAGGUUUCCUUGUUUCAUUUAAAGUUGUAUGGGAUGGACUCUCCCACUCUCCAUUUGUUUCUUGUACUUACCUUUAAUAUAGUCUUAACCAAGCAACACUGAAUGUGCACACGCAUGUGUUUUAAUGGCAAAAGUGGAAUAACUCAGGGUGUUCAUUUGUAUCCCAUAACACAUUUCUGCAUGUUACGUCUGUAACUUGGUCUUGUGGAAGUUAAGGUUAAAAUAAUCCUUGUGUGCAAUUUCCACAAUGAUUUCCAAUUUUUAUUUUAAAUCACAUAUUUUUAUUUGUAGCGCAUACAGAAUGAAAUCAAACACUUGAUGAAGCUGCAAAGCCAGAAUGUGUGUUCGUGCAAGAAACAACCAUCUCAGAUCAAAUUUGUGAACAGUUCUUCUUCAUUAGAAAGUCAAAUGGGGUUGCAGUCUGAAACCUUUGAAGAAAAUGAGCUCUUUACCAGUCAUCUCAAAACCAGUGAUCAUGAGAGUCUUCUGGAAGCUUCGGCCAUGCCUCCGGAGUGCCUCACGAAUAGUGUUUCAAUGAGCAGUGGCUAUGGCACGUGUUCUGCCGCAGAACUGAGUCCUAGCAAAUAUAAAGACAUUCAGACGUGCAUGGAAGACCCAGAGGAGAUUACCAAAGGAAAGGAAGGUGCCUCACCAGUGCCGGAAGGUCUAGUUACAGCCAGUAUUCAGAACACAAGAGAAUAUACACAAACAGGUGUAGAACAUUGUCCAUUGCUGAAAAAAGAUGAUAAAGGUUUUUCUGAUGAAUUUGAGCAUAAGAUCGGCGAAGGUCAUUGUGGAAAAACAAACUGGUAAGUGGCCAAUCUUGGAGUCAUUAGGUUUAUAUUUAGAGUUGGUAAGGUUUUAGUAUGUCUACUCUGCUUUUAACACAGGCAGUAGUGUUUGGAAAGGUAGUUUCACUACUUGCCUAUAUAUGCCACUCAGCAUGCCAUUGAGUUUGCUUACGUUAAAAUCUAAGAUACAUUCCUUGCGUUUGUGAUACCUGAUGUGCUAUCACUGAUGUAAUGAGGGUGUCUAAAAAUCUUGCUUAUUCCCAGGGAAAGUUUCAGGCUUUUUUGUUUUGUUUUGUUAAAUAGGCAGAAAUGUUCCUGGCAUUUCACAUUCCUGGUAGGUGUGUGGCAUGUUGCUAUUCUGCACUGAAAGUCUACGAGGAGAGAGGUGUUUACAAAAAGUUAAAACAAGAAAAUCAAUAAAAAAUAAACAGUACAUUAAAAUAUUAAAACAGAUUUAAAUCACCUCAACUUUCUAAGCAUCUGGAUCUGAAUGUUUUCAGCAGGAAGCGUACAGUAAAGACUGUAUCCCUGCUUGAUAUCAAUAGGCAGGGAGUUCCAAAGUGGUGUUGCCGCCACACAAAAUGAUUGAGUUCUUACAAAUGUGAAAUAGUAUAGUCUGCUUCAGUCUAGCACUUUCUUCAAACAGUUUCAUCCUCUAAAGCUUUAGAAGUACCCCAAGACUGGAUUGUGGAGGCUUAAAGACGAAAGGAACUUACUUUUAUGUACACCCUGAAGUCUGAGAGGACCUGGCUGAAAAGCAGCUGCUUCAGCUGUAAACUAUAUAGCAAAGAGAGCAUGUUCUGGGUGUGCUUAGCCCUCAGAAUUCUUGAGAUGAAAUAUACAUUCUGUUGUGAAUGAACUGAAAUGUGACAAUUACAUGCUGUCAACCAGAUAGUUUAGUAUAUGCAGUCUGAUGACUUUUUUUAAUGGACAGAAUGCCAUUAUGCCUUCACCUGCACAUUAUUUCCAAGGAAACAGUGAUGGGGACAUGUGAUUGUUCAUUAAUUCUAUGAAAAAGAAAGAAAUUACUAAGCUGACUCAUAGGGUCAUUAUUCUUUAUUCAUAUUUUUUUCUAUGGCACUUGAGAAAACAUCAAUUGCAUAUAUACUUGCUUCAUUUUAAGCUCUGCUGGUACAGGUAACUUAACUGCUGAUUGUGGCAACCUAGCCUUUUGAUGCUAAAAAGUGGAUGUGUGCUCCUAGGAUUUGAACAUUCCGCUUGCUAGACCCAUUGGAUAACUGCCUGAUAUGAAGUCCAAAUAGGAGGGAAGCGUAAGCUGCAGACUCUAAACAUGUUUAAAAUGGGCUCUAAAUGGGUUUAAACUUAAUAAUAAUCUAUAUGAUGUGGUCUUUUAAAUACUAGAACUCCAGGUCCUCCAAUGAAACUGAUUCUCGGUAGGCUCAAGACAGGCGAAAGAAAGUGCUGCUUUGCACAGGGUAUUAUUAAUCUUUAGAAAUUUGCAGUGGCAAGAUGUGGCGGUGGUCACUAGCUGCAAAUAGCGUUUUAAAGAAGAUUAGUCCAAUUCCUGGAGGAUAGUUGUAUCAGUGGCAAUUUAGUCAUCAUAGAUUAAAAAACAAAGAGUCGGUGUUGGAGGGCAGUAGGGCACUGUGAGGGGGAGGGGCUAUUGCCCUCCUGGUCUUUUUAUGGCCCUUCUCCAAGGCCAUCUGACUGGCCAUUGUUAGAAUGUCAUCCUUGUCUAUAUAGCCUUAACCUUCAAGGCUUUUCUUUUAUACUUAAGAAAUAGGAAUAUUCACUGGCCUCAUUCACACAUCCUGAUAAACCAUAGUUAACUGUUUAUUGUGAAUGCACUGGCCUUGACCUCAUAGCUCUUCUCUGCUCACACUGGAAGGAAACAAACCAUGAUGCCUUGCUCUCAACAACAAAAAUUCUGUAACUGAUGUUUGCUCUUGGCUUUGUUAGUUGGAAGAAGAUACACUCAUUGGUUUGAACAUAACACUAAGCAAGGAGGAGACAAGCAGCUUCAACAAUCUACUCUUUCAGACACAGACUUCAGACCUUUUCAUUUCCCUAAUUCUUUUCUGAAUGAGUCUCCUGAUUAUCUUCUAGUGUUGUGCCAUUAUUUUAUCUGGAUUGUUUUUGGUUUAUAUUUUAUAUUUAUAUUUGGUUUUCUUCACACUGAUAUUUAUAGCAUGGUGAAGUUUCUAAAACACAUACACUUGUGUUUGUGUGUGUGCAUGUCUUCACUAUGAUGCUUAUAGAGUUUGGGAUGCAAUUAGUGGGACUUCUGAUAUUUUUCUACUGAUCAGCAGACCUCCCUUGUGACAUACUGCUUUUGCUCCCUUUAGUUGGGAUUGCUACAUGGCAUGGAAGACUAUUUUUAUUCAAAAAACAAAAAUCCAAAGGCUCCCUUGGUUAAGGUGGAGCUAGUCAUUUGUACUUUGGAUCUGACCAUUGUUUUCUUGAGUCUUUUUACUCAUAUUCUGCAAGUUCUGUAGGUGUUUCAGUAUGGUUAGUUUUUUACAGUUGCCCAGAAAUUUGAGCUACUGCAGGGUUUGAGUUGCAUCAUCUCUUCAUUUUGGUACAGAUCUUAUUUUAAAUAAAUUACAGGAUGUCCUGUUGUAGACUCCAGGGAACAAUUGCUUUCUUGCCAAUAUUAUUUGUUGAAAACCAUUCGGGGUGGGGGAGUUUGUCCAGUUUCCCCUGCACAAGGCCAUAGUACCUUACAGGCUGUAGCAUGAAAUAGAUCUAAAAUAAAUGUUGCUGGGGCAAACAUGUUUCUUUCUCUUUUUCUAUUUCCCUUAUUGUAGUAAAUCUUUAACAUCAUGGGCUCAAAAGUUAAAGCAAAACCAGCUGAAAAGAACAAAUGUGGAGGAAGGGGAUAUGCAUUCUGUGCAAGUAAAAGAGCACUCACAGGCUGUAACAUUGGAGAAUGUAAGUGGACCACCAUUCCACCUAAACCCCUUCAUUGGAAUAGUAAAUGUGUAUAGGACUGAGCUACAUUUUCUUUCUGGGAUCCAAAGAGCUACAUUUAGAUGUGGCCAAGUAUAUGUGCACAUGCCCAACAGUAACCUGCUUUCAUCAGUUUUUGAACAGCAUUGAGGUUCCUCUCCUCACCUGUUCCUUAUUUCAAACUGGUUUUGAAAUCCCCACCACUUUCAUGUGACGAGUUACAGUUCACCUGAGCUUCUCUGUAACAAAUACAAUAGGAUUUAAUAUAAUAUAUGCUCUUAGUGAACAUAGUGGCCCAUCCAGUCUAGCAUUCUAUUCUCAAGCAUGGCUAGCCCUCUCCUCCAUGAAUUUGUCUAAUCCUUGUUUAAAGCCAUCACUGCCUCCUGGGAGUGAGGUCAUAGACCUCAGUGAGAACUUUGGUUAAAUGGCUAUAGACAAUCGCUUGUAAAAUAUUUUUUCAAUAUUUUGUAGUUGAUGCUGACUUUUUCUUUUUACUUGAUAUAAUUUAUGUAACUUUUUUAUUGGUCUAUAAAUCAUUGUGUCCCCCCUUUUGUGGAAUUGUAGACUAAUCCUACUGCAGCUGUUCCAUCAUCAUCUUACACUUUUUACCUCAAUGAACAAAACGGAAGCCAAAUGUCUUUCAGUUCUGGUACUUCAGGUAUAGUUAAUUGCUUUCUAUUUUGCUUUUGUUGUUACUAUUUCAAAAUUGCAACUAAAUGUAAAUUGUGUUGUGACUGAUUUUGUGUCUGUUUCUCCUUACUUUUGGUGACUCUGUAUGUUGCAGUUUGGUAAGAUUAAGAACAUAUUCCCAAAAAUAAACCCUAUACCAGGGGUUGUCAACCUGCUAGGUGGGCAGUACGGGGUUCUACAGCACAAGCUGAAUCUUCCUUCCAUCGAGCACGGGUGGGUGGUAAGGAAAUUUUACCAUAAAGAAAGAUGCAUUAGUGGACAGUAGGUACAAAAGGGUUGACUACCCCUGCCCUAUACAGUUAGCUUGUAACUUGUGCAUGUAUAAUUUAAUAAUUUCAACUUUAUGCUGUUGAUGGCUGGCUGGUUGAAAUUGCACAAAUUAAAGCACAGAUAACAGAGAACGUUUUGCUCAGGGUUUUCCUGGGAACUUCCCAGAGCCCUGUAAGCAAGGUGGAGAGAGCGAACGCGCUCUGCCUUACUUGGGAGUGGGAAGAAGGACCUGUUUGGAGUGCUGGAUCUGGAGAUAAGGUUGCUUGCAUGGGGGCAGUUCCAAGGAGAUGGUUUGACUAGACGUGCUUUUGCAUAUAUGUGCCAUCUCUGGAACGUAAGCCCCACGCAAGGUGCAAGUUGACUGUACCCACUUACCCAGCAGCAAGCACCCUUGAACUAAGUGGGAUGUACUUCUGAACAGAUAUGUACAGGAUUGUACUGUAAGGCACUAUGCUGCUGUUUUUCUGCUUUUUAUAAAUAUCGAUAUGAUAAACAAUGUUGUUCUCUUGAAAGUCCCCUUGUAAGAGCUUGGCCCUGAUUUUGGUUUUAAUAAUAAAAACUUUACCCCAUAAACAUUGGGAAAGAAGCAUAUCUCCUACUAUAUCUGCAGAGACUGAGAUAAUUUGGUCCAUAGUAACUGUGAUUAAGCUAAAAUAUGACAAAUGUAUACAUAUAAAUCAGCAUAACAGGUUUAUGGGGAAAUGGGUAUUUUUUUGUAAUGUUCUUGAAUUUUCAAUGAUAAUGUUCAAUCUUAUGCUUCUUUCAACUUGUUGUAAUAGUAUUUCUUUAUGCUAUUGUUUUUGGUUUAUUUUGUUUAUAAAUAAAAUAUACACUGGGUUGUAAAACACCUGAAUCCAUUGGUUCAAGUCCUAUCUUCCAGAGCAGAAGAAUACAAGCUUGCUCCAUGUGACAGCCUCUUUACCAGGCUCAACAUACACAGCUCCCUCAGCCAAUCCUCAUAAGGCUUGGUUUCCUGACCCUUCAUCAUCUUGGUGGCCCUCCUCUGCACACCUUCCAACUAGUAAAACUGGCAAACGACUUUAUUUUGCCCCAAGCACAAUAACCUUGGGAGAUUAGGAUCAGAGAAAAAACAUGAAGAAUGCCAAUUGUUUUUAAAAUGUAAUCCUUUUAUUAUAGAAUUUAUGCCCCAUUUUCAUAGCAAACGGCUUUGAUGUUGCUUCUCAUGUUGCAAAUGUGAGUGAAAAGUGCAAGGAGGCAAUCUGUUUUUUAUUCAGAUUCAGUGAACUAGUGUUGCUGUUUAAAUCAGGAUAAGGAAGGACUGAUUUAGAUGGAGAUCAUGUUGAAAUAUGGUUAAGGACAAAUAUUCUCAGCACUAGUUUCCCCAGAGUUCUCUGCAAUAUUAAUACAUUAUCUUUAGCAUUAUUUCAUGUCAAACCCUAUUACUGCUAAAGCUCUGAAGCAUAACAUUUCAGACAUGAGUUUUUCAUAAUGUUGUGAAUUUGCACCCGUAAUGUGAAAAUCAAAAAAAGUAAUGUCAGGCUUCACAGCUCUUUUCUAUACAGAAAUAAACUUUGAUAUAUUUCUCCAUUUCAGGAUUGACAUACUGGAAACUAGAUGAGAAGGAAACAUACCAUACUUUGCCUGAGAACUUCAGAAAUGAAUUUAGUGCAUUUGCAACAAAGAUGUCCUCGGACCAGGUAUCUUUUGUGUAGUGUUUGCUUUGGUAGUUUAAUGGAUGUUAGAAUGUUUCUCCCCUGUUCAGCCACUGUUGCUGUUUGGAUUGGUUGGCAGGCAUUUGCUGCACAGCCAGUUUAUUUAGGGGACCUGAGAAACAGGCCCCUUUUCUCUCUCCUAUUGCUUCAAGGAUCUAGGGCAUUUGAGAAAGUGGACCGUUGUUCAAGUUGUUGUGGAUGGGUGGGUUUGAAUUACCUGCUGGCAGGGUUAAGGAUUGUUUUCAGUAAGAGACAUUUGACUCAGGCCCAAAGGCAGGAUAAAUACGAAAGACUAGGGCCCUGUGGGACUUGACAUCUUUCCGCAGGGCCUGCAAGACAGAGCUGUUCCACCAGACUUUGGCCAGGGCACAAUCUGACCCCCUCCUUUGGUAAUCCUCACAGAACUCUAGCCCAAUGGUUGCCAUUAAUUUGAUUUUGAAUUGAUUUUAAAAUGAAUUGAUUUUAGAGUGCUGUGUUACUUUUAUUGUUGUUAGCUGCUCUGAGCCCAACUUCGGCUGGGGAGGGCGGGAUAUAAAUAAAAUAUUAUUAUUAAAAAAGCAAAUGGCUAUGGUUCAUAAUUGGGUUCAUUAGCUGUUGAUAUUUUCUUGGACAGCCUUAAUGAUCUGUCUGUUUCUAGCAGUUAACACAGGAACAGGUUUUUUGUGCUUUCUUAGCCACCUCCUGAAACUUUUAUUUAGUGUUCAUAACUGAUAGGUUCUGAUAAAUGUGACUAAUCAUUUUAUUAUUUUUUACUCAGAACUGCCAUAGGAGUUGGAAAAUAAAAAUGGAUAUACUUAUGUAGAGUGACUAGGGAGGUGAAUGAAGGGGAAUGAGAGAGGACAACUAUCCAUGUAGCAACUCGGGAGUGUUGAAAAAGGUGGCAGGGAGCCAAUACAGGACAGGAGAAGGCGAGACAUGGCCUUAGCAAAAGGGUUUCAAGACCUUCAGGGCUCACUUAAAAUGAAUAUAUUGUCUCCAGUAGCUCUUGUGCUAAGCUUCUAAUUGCAAUUCUUUGCUAUAAGUUGGCUGUUGACUGGAAUGGAUGGUUUCUGAAGUUCUGUUUCAUGAGACUUUGAUGCACCUUUCUUAAAAACUAAGCAAAUCUAUAAUAAAAAGAGGCAGGAAACAUGAAAGAAAAUGCUUUCAAUUAAUUGAAUUCUAGCUACAGCAGGUAAUAAUAGCUGACCUUUAAAAAAUUCUGAAGGCCUUGUCAUUUCUGUGAUUUACAGUAUUAUUAUGUUUACCUAGAUGGAUAAAUUUCAGUGCUAAGAAAAGAGUCAUAAUUUCCCUUUUUCCCUUUUCAGCCAACCAUGCCCUGGAACAGUGGUUUUCACUUAGCAGUUUGCUUCUGUCAUUCUAACCCUGCAUAUAUGGAAAAGGAAUAAAUAAAAUAAAUAGCAGGUGUAGGGUGGCUGGUCCAUAUCGGGACUGGGGUGGGGGUGGGGGUGGAGAGUAUUACAUCCUUUCUAUACCCCCAAGGUCUUAUUCCAGAUCAGCCUCCCCUUUGCCUCCCAUUUACGUCAAGAAUUGUAUGAAUGGCUUUUUAAAUUACAUGAUCAGUGCCUCCUCUGGUUUGGCCCUGUUUAAAGUUAUGCUUGCCUCUUCUUGAUUUAUUAUCACUCCUUGUUUUUAAAAAUAAACUCUACAACAAGUACUUGAGUUGCUGAGCUCUGCUUUCCUUUUGAGCAGAAUUUGCUGCACUAUCAACCAAAAGCAUUAUGUACCCUUCUUUUUUAAAAAACAACCCAAAUAAAAGAGGAGAAAACUGCUUUUGCUAAAACUGAAUGAAAUUGGCCUGAUCCAGGGAUCCUUGACAUUUACAUAUGCUCUGAUUGCCAUACAUUGCUCCAUGCCUGUAGCUAGAAUUUUUGUGGGGGAUUGGGCUGGAGGAAUAUGAAAGUACCCAGGAGUGGGGCAUCGUAAGUCAAUACAAAACAAGAGAAACCUGAUUGUAGGAAGCCCUUAUGUUGUUCUAUUGAUUGAUUGAUUGAUUACGGCAAUCCAAGCAAAUCAAAGUAUCCUUGCAUUUACUGUCCAGAACACUAGGAGGCAGAAGCAGCUUUGUGUCUUACUAAGAAUCGAGGUAGACUUCUGCUUUUUCGUACAUCUCCAUAAAUGAAAGGGCUACAGCAGAAGCAGCCAACGUUGUGCCCUUCAGUUGUUGUUGGGAUUCCUAGCUCCAGCCCCAGGCAACAUGGCCUAAUUGUCAGGGAUGAUGGGAGAUUGUAGUCCAGCAAUAUCCAGAAGGUGUUAUUUGAGCUACUCCUAGGCUAUAGGUUUAUUCCCUUUAUUUAUUUAUUAAAGUUGACAGUUCCAGGAAAGGUCUUAGAAAAUUUCCAAGAUUUUAUUCAGCUUUUAGAGUAUUUUUAAAAAUUGCUCACUGAUGUGCUUGCUACCCUGGGCACCUUCAGUGGGAAAGACAGAAUAUAAACUGAAUUAAUAAUAAUAAUAAUAUUUUUAUCAUUAAUUUACAACAGCCCACCCCUUUUUUGGCUAUGUUCUCAUAGAAUUACUGUGGGCACAUACUUUCCCAUUUCCCUAAAGUAGGAGGGGCCUACUCAUGGCCCUAAAGGUAAGUCAUAAUCAGAAAUAAAUAAUGGUUUACCUUGAACAAGCAGCAUGCCAGGGCCAGCACCUCAAUUGUGCCUACUUUGUUUUCUCAUGCAAUAAAAGGAGACACAGACUAUGAAGUGACUAGCUUAGCAUUGUGUACGACCCCUUAUUCUUGGUUUGUUAGGAAACUAACUCAAGUGAGUGUUCACACAUCACAGUAAUCCAGGCCCUCCGCGGCUUGUUUCCACUCUUUGAAAGGGGAGGAGUAAAGCAGGCAUGACUGAGCAGCAUGCACUAGUAUGCUGCUUGUUCAUGGUAAACCAAGAUUUAUUUCAGACUUGGAUUUAGCAUCAUCUGUAUCUAGAGCUGUUGGUAUGAAUGGGCAGGCACAUAAAAUAGCUGUGUGUGUGUUUAGGUUUGUAACUGAUUGUUCUUAAAUCUUUUUAAUGUAAGUUGCUUUGAGUCACUUUGUGAGAAAAGCACAUGACAAAUAUAACAACAAUAAAUUAUUAAUAAUUAUUAUAUUAAUAAUAUAACAAUAAUACUUUAGACCACACAUUGGAACUUGAAUUGGCACUACUGUAUUCACUUCCCCUUCCCCAAAUGUUUAAGUUCAUUUUGGCAUCUUUGCAUUAAAUAUGAUGGGUGUUUGGUAUUAUUUUAAACAAAUCUUAAUUCCUUUUUUUUUUUAGUUGUCUUCUGGUGAUGAGAUGAAGCCAUCAUCCUUAAAGGAAAUUUAUCAUAAGAAACAAAGGGAAUGUAAACAGUUUGUAGACUGGAACCUUUCCCCCUCACAAUCAACUCACCCUCCUGAGGUAAUUGUUUGUAUUUCAGCGCCAUAUGUUGGAUUAGAAGCCUUCCAUGCUUCCUUCCUCACACUUAAGAUUCAAAGAUUCAUAUUCUCUCUCUCUCUCUCUCUCUCUCUCUCUCUCUCUCUCUGUGUGUAGGUAUAUAAAAAUAUCACCCUUUUCCCUGACAAAACUCAUCUGUUCUAGACUCCAAAAUAUACUGAAGUACUCCCUUGACACAAGCCCAAUAAUUAGAUCUUUGCAAAGUGUAUACAUACCUAUACACACACACACACACAUACACACACCCUGUGCUAUUGAUCACAAAAUCAGAUGGUUCUUUGUUCCUUAUUAAAUCAGGAACACACAACAAUGGGGGGGGGCGUUGUCAAUAAUUUCACCUUCCACACUUAACAAAACAUGGCAAAAAAUGAACAGCUUAACUUUCAAGCAGAAGCUGCAAGCUUAAAUGCAGCUCACAGUUUUAAGUAACUAACAUUGUUCUCUCCCCAGCUAUGCACAUACAGCUGUAACUUAUCUCUUAAAAAUUUCAAAAGCUUCCUGUUUUUUAUAUCAAAAUGAAAGCUGCUUCACCAGAUAGUUGACCACAGAUAUUUUUCAAUUCUAAUCACUGUGAUCUUUGUUUCCCAGAUCCUGACCCUCGACCCAACAUUGCACAUGAAACCUGGCCAUCAGAAUCCAGGACCGCCUCCGUCCUCCUUCUAUGGGACACCUGACAGGGUUAUGUUUUCUCCAGACUCUAUGGCAGAUCCUCCUUUUUUCAUGCAUUCAGACUCAGAUUCAUUGUCUCACAUAAGCACAGUAACGUCACCUCUGUCUCCUGGGUCUCCAAAAUACACUUUGAGUGCAACAGCUUUGCACAGUGACCCCUGGAAUACUUGCAUGUUCCAGAAUGAAACUAAUGCCAGCAGUUCUUGUCGUCCAAGCAGUGAGUUCUUAAACACUGAAGAGGAUGACAACUUGACACUCACGCCAUCUUCAGCUGCCCACUCCCAGCCUCCAUCUGCCAAUAAUAGUUUGCCGGAAUACAAUAUUUCAGUGACAUGCAUGGAAGAUCCUGUGGUAUUCUCCAAGUAAGGCUGAUGUCAGUAAGAAUGUUGACCUUUAAAUAAGCAUUGCAAUUUUCGGUGGUACCUUGGGUUACAUACGCUUCAGGUUACAUACGCUUCAGGUUACAGACUCUGCUAACCCAGGAAUAGUGCGUCGGGUUAAGAACUUUGCUUCAGGAUGAGAACAGAAUCGUGCUCCGGCGGCUUGGCAGCAGCAGGAGGCCCCAUUAGCUAAAGUGGUGCUUCAGGUUAAGAACAGUUUCAGGUUCAGAACGGACCUCCGGAACGAAUUAAGUACUUAACCUGAGGUACCACUGUAAUUUGAAACUUCUGCUUACUUUCCUUUCCUGAAGCCUUCCAUUGAGUUAAAUGAAAAUACUAAGCGUUAUUACAGGCCUGAAAGCAGUCACUUCUGGCUGCCUGUGAUGAGUUUGAAUUGUAGUCAGGUGACCAGGCCACAAAACCUGGCGAAACUUUCUUUAGAGACCAAAUAUUAUAGUAAACAUUUGUGGGGGGGGGCUAGAAAGCAUGUCGCUUAUCUCUUUUUCUACAUUUAUAUUCAACUGUUCUUCCAUCAUGGAACCCCAAGUGGCAUACUUGUGGUUCGCAGGAGGUCUCAUGAAGUCUUUCUGCAAAGUGCUAAAGUCAUAUGCCUUCAGACCGCACCCGGUAACUUAUUCUAAAUUUAUUUGCAAGGCUUGAGUUUCAGUUUUGUGGAAAGUGGCUAACUUGGAUUCAGGCUGGAUUAUGUCAUUUGAGGAGAUCUCAGACUAAGGACCAGACUAGACAUGAUGCCAACAGACCUGCCUGUUUAGAGCACAGGGAAACGUGGACAAAGGGAGCUGAGCUGUGUCCCUUCUGGAUACUUGGAACUUAGUUGGGGAGUUAAACUGGGAGGAGAUGGGUUAGCACUCUUCAUCUGUGCCCUUUUUGCUCUAAACACCACUCCCCUAUCUACUUUAAACAUGAUUGGGCAGACCUGGAUUUAAAUGAACAAGUCUUCUGCUAUCAUGUCUGUUUUAACCAAUUAAAAAAGCACACCUGCCACCCUGCAGGCAAGCUACACCUUGAAAAUAUAUGUAAGAAUGGCUCAGAAUGUUCAUAAUCAAAAGCAGCCUAGGGAACUGCAAUUUUGAGUGGAAAUUGGAGGUGCAUUGCCUUUUUCUCACUGGCUGUCAUUCCUCAGAACCCUCACAAGGUAUUUUUCCCAAUAGUGAUUUUCAGAUUCCAGUUUUUUCUUAAGUAGCAACCUCCCCGGGCUGUCUCUCAGAUUUAUUUUUUUAUUAGAAUAUAUUUUGCCCUGAUUCGCCAAACGUUUGCAGCAAGGGAAGCCCAGUUGAAAUGUCUUUUGCUUACAGACUACAAGAAAACUUCAAAAUACUUUGUAUUGUACUUCAAAGAAGGAAAUGCAUUUGCUUAAAUUGAAAGCUUUGCUACUUAGCAGAAAAAGCAGUAUCUGUGCAAUUGGAAAUACAGACUGUUCUUUUUACUGAGACUUCCAGUCUCAAUUUGUUCAGUGUGUGGAAGGUCCCAGGUUCAGUCUCCAGCAUUUCUAGAUAGAGCUGGACGAAAGCCCUGUCUAAAAUCCUGGAGAGCUGCUUGCAGACAGUGUAGAUAAUACUGAACUAGAUGCACCAGUUGGUCUGACAUCUUCCUAUGCCAUGGCAGAUUUGCUUUUUAUCUAGCAGGACUCUUUAUGUGGUUCUUAUGCAUAGGAAAAGGAAAGAAAUAAACUCUUGAUUUGUGACUACCAUUCUUACAUGAAAAAUCUGAGAACCAGAGACUAGAAAUUGAAGCACUUGGUUUCGCUUUAUAUUGUCAUUGGAUUGCCCAGAUAUUCCAGCCGUGGUACUUAAUUUGGAGAGUUAAUUCAGAAUGUCUGAGCUUGAACGAGACUCUGGCUUGUUUGCCUUGAACAGUAGAGCUUCCCACAUGUUCUGCUAUAUCAAGAUGCUUUUUAACUUCUCUCUUUCAAAAAAGACUUGCCAUGCACCAUGGGGACACUACUGUUCAAGAAACACCCAUCAGAGCUUCUGUAUUCAGAACUAGUUGUACACAUGCCCUGUUAUACAAGUGCUUUGGUGGGGAAGAUCACUUGGCAUCUGUUUGUGGAGGCAAAUUUCAGUAGCUGUAGUUCACCAUCUGUGGAAAACACGUGCCAGGAUGGUCAUUUUCUGUCUCUAAAAAAUAGUGUUGCAAAUGCAUUAUGACAUAUUUUUAAUCUUAAAAAACAGGAUUAGGCAGAAUUUGAGAGAAAAACAUGCCCGGCAUAUUGCUGAUCUACGAGCUUAUUAUGAUUCAGAAAUUCAAAGCUUAAAACAGCAGCUGGAGGCAAGCCAUAAACCUCAUUCAGAAGACUUUGAGAAGAUCAAUCAAAAUCUUACUGACAGGUAAUAGAGCUGCUUGGAACAAUGUGCAUAUUUCUCAGCCCCCCCCCCCCCCGUGUGUCUGUCUCUCUGUCUCUGUCUCCUUUCAAAAUUGUUGUUUCCUGGAGCAACUCUUUCUGUAUAUUGCUUCCUUCACUUUUAAGAUCUAGGGCACAGAUAUUGAUGGCUACAUGAAAAUACAUAAUGUGGAAUCUUUGAGAUGCCCGUUAAUUAGGGGUGAGUUUUAGACAGAGAAAAGAGAUAAAUGCUGUUAUUCACAUACAGAAUUCCUCUAGCAUGAAUCUUCAAGGUAACUUGUUUAUGCUGCUUAGCUGGAAGUGGAACUAUUUCUUCAGUGUUUGUUGUACAUGCCACUUUUGGAAAGAAGACUAUUGUAGCUUUAGAAACUAGAUAUACAGUGCCUGGGUUCAAAUCAUUUUCAAAUGCAGUUUUGGUCACACUCUCAUAGCCUAGUUAGGCAACUCAGCUAAAAAUACUGAAAAAUCUUGUUUUCAUUUCUAUCAUUUUCAUGGCUUUAUUUUCAUUUUUAGAUGUGACCACUUACAGGCAGCACUGGAUAAAGCUAAUAAUCGCAUGAGAGCACUUGAAGAUAAAAAUAGCACUCUGGAAACAGAAGUGGUAAGUGCAUGUCAUGAGUCAAAUUGAGCUCAGUUAUAUAGAAAGAUUACCAAGUGAGACGAUACAAGUCUGAUCUGUCAGCCCUCUGAGCUGUAUGUUUUUCUGCUGGAACUUGGGAGUCCUUAUCUGGCACAAGUCAGCAGUUCUUGUAGAGAUGCCUCCUUUCCCUGGGGUCUCCUUGAUUCCCUACUAGAAUCCUAGUUAUUAGGUUUCGCUUUAAAUAAAUAAAUAAAUAAUCAAUCAAUCUUGCCUUUCACCAGAAAGCUUCUUAUUUGUAAUAUAAGCACUAAAAUAUAAUUGAUAAUAAACCUUAAUACAACCCAUUACAACUUAAAGUGUGGAUAAUUUUAUUAUUUCAAAAGCACUUAAUGUUUUUAUAGGUGCUGUAUAAAGACUAAAAAUGGCCCAGGCCCCAGACUUUCAUUCUAAAAGGUUUGAUAGAAAAGGAAAGCAAUAUAGUGGUACCUCGGGUUACAGACGCUUCAGGUUACAGACUCGGCUAACCCAGAAAUAGUACCUCAGGUUAAGAACUUUGCUUCAGGAGGAGAACAGAAAUAGUGCAGUGGUGGCACAGCAGCAGCGGGGAGGCCCCAUUAGCUAAAGUGGUACCUCAGGUUAAGAACAGUUUCAGGUUAAGAACGGACCUCCAGAAUGAAUUAAGUUCUUAACCUGAGGUACCACUGUAUGGGGAGGGAAGAGAAGAAACAAGUAGAAUGAAAAUGCAACUAUUUCUUAAUGUCCAUGUGGAAUAGCAACUCAGGAGAUUUUCCUGGGAGAGGAACCCAAUGGUUGUUGGUCCCAGCUGACCCACCAUGGCACAUAGAGGGAGGACUGCAGUGUCCCCUUGUGGUGCCUGUGGGCUUACAUGUGGGAGAAAACAGGGAAACAGCUCUAUUGGGCCCUGUGUGAGCUCUCUGCAGACGAUGUAUCUACCCUCUACUGGAUCAGGUCUGUUAGUAUGUUGUGUUCAUAUCCACUGCAUGUUACUGGUAUCUCUCCUAAAGCUUGCAAGCAAUAAUAAAAACGAGAACAUGUUUUGUCUGAAUCUUAUAUCUUGUGUCUCAAAACAUUAUAUUCCUUAGCUUUGGUUCUGCUUCUGUUUUCAAAGUAGGCUUCUGUUUUCUGUUUAUGUGUGUACCUGUCUGAUACUUGGCCUUCUUUUGUUUCAGACAGACUGGAAAGAGCGCUUCUGUGCUGUCAGCAGUACCACCAAGGCCUUGCAGGAACGUAUUGAAGAAAUGCGCACCAGUGGUAAAGAGAAAGAUAACACCAUCAGCCGCCUGAAGAGGAGGCUUAAAGAUCUAGAAGAAGCAUUUGAAAAAGCCUACAAGCUCUCAGAUAAUAAAGAUGCCAAGUUAAAGGAAGAAAAUAAAAUGUUCCAAAAUGUAGGUUGGAAAAACAGGGUAACUUAGAUGCUUGAAUAAAUUCAGCUGAACAAUCCAUUUGUGAGGUCAAAUGAGAGCCCCACUAUAAUCAAGCAACUGCUUGAAUGAACCUCUAAUUGAGAUGAUAUUCCUGGAACUUUGUAAUAGGAACCACUUUCUGGACACUGCAGAUUUGGCUAGCCCUUAAUGGAAAUGUCUCCGUACUUCAAUUGUCUCUACUAAAACAAUAGUACCUUCGUGGUAUGCUGCUUUUAACAAAGAAAUUGUGACUUCUAAAGGCAUUGGGGGGAGCAUUUUUCUAUUCUGUUUAAUUCCAGAUGGCUAAGUGUUGAUAUUCAGCAGCUGGGGAGGCAGAUCUUUUGGUGUCUCUGCCUACUCAGUUUCUUUUCUGUCUCUAGCAGCUAAAAAGAUGUGCUGUCUUAGUUCACACUUUGUAUUUCUGGUAUUUCUAAACUAAUUCUAGGUUCCUCCUUGGGGUAUUUUUUUUUUAGGACAACUAGGGUUAGGCUGAAAUUCAUCAAAAAGUUGAGGGAAUUUGUUUCAAUUCUGCUUUGUUGGAUAUGCCUGAUAAUGAAGCUGAGUAAAGCUUAGUAGGUUAUCUGUAUAGCUCUGCAGUUGUUGAAAUCUGUAGUCUUAAGGAAUUUUCUCUAAUGUUAGAGGGGAGCAGAUCAUUAGUAUUCAUAUUCACCACAAAGGUAACAUCCUUGCCUAUUUGAACAUUUGCUGUUAUUUUUAGGAGGGCAGGGUUCUUGCCCAAGCAUCUUGAUCCUAUCCACCCAAAACAUUUUCAUUCUGUGAUGUCUGUUUCAAAGUAUAAUUACUAACUGAGGGAGGAAAAUGUAAUUACUUUUAUUUCUUUGUAGCUUUUAGGAGAAUAUGAAUCCCUUGGGAAGGAGCAUGAAAGAGUAAAGGUGAGAAGCAAAUUCACUUUGUACCAAAUUUUUAUUCUAUGGAAUUUUCUGUGUAUUUAAAUAGAGAGGACCAAAAGCUGGAGGGGUUUUGGAGGGCUGUGGUCUUAUGCAGGGAAGUCUGUUUGGAAGAAAGCCUUACUGAGUUCAGUGGGAUGUACACUCUCUAGAUUAUUGCCUUAAAUUCAUAAGGGACAUCUUCCAGAUGUGCAUUGUACUUUCAACAGAAACAUACAUUAAGGAGGGAGGGUGAAUUAAUAUUUUUUACUCCUCAGAAUUCAGCCUUUUUGCAAGACAUUUUAACUAUAUCAGAAAUGAUAACUACCCAGUGGUCACUAAUCCAGCCAUAAAUAGAAUUUGUUGUGCACCAAGCUUCUUAUUCAUUUACCCAUAUUGUGCAGAUUAUAGUGUCUCUCAGCUGAGAGAGCAGCAGGGAGCUAGAUAGGCCUGCCCUGAAGGUGCUUAGCACCAGAGAAUCAUUUAGGAAGACAGAUUGCUUCAGCAAGUGAACAUGGCUGCAUGUAGGAAGCCAGGAAGAAAGAAAGUCCCAAGAUGAUCUGCUGGUCUGCAGCAAUCCUGACAGAGUACAAGUAUGAAGAUUAAUUAUUGGUAAGUGACAAUGAAGCAAAACAUGCGUUGAACUUACUCCAGAGGAAGCUCAAGCCAAAUUGGAUUGAUGCCCCUAUAAAUAGUAAUUACAUGUUGUAAUCUUUCAAGAUUAGUAGAGAGACCAAUUCUGUAUUUGCUUUACACUUUAUGCAAGCUUAGCGUGUGACCUUUUCUGCCUCCCUACAGGAUACCUUAAACAUCACUGAGAACAAAUUGUUGGAUGCACAAACUCAGAUUUCUGAUUUGAAAAGGUAAAUGUGCCAUUUAAUCCUGUGUGAGGGGAAAUGUUACUUCUUCAAAUAAUGUUGUAAAAAUUUCAAAAUCACCUUAACAGAUCGGAGAACUGGGCCCAAGCUAACAAUGAAUUUCAGCAGGGACAAAUGUAAGGCAGGAAGAACCAGAUGCACAAAUAUAAGAUGGCGAACACUUGGCUUGCCUGUAAUACACGUGAAAAGCAUCUAGGGGUUUUGGUGGACCACAAGCUUAACAUGAGUCAACAGUGUGAUGCAGGAGCAAAAAGAGCUAAUGCUGUUCUAGGCUGCAUCAACAGAAGUAUAGUGUCCAGAUCAAGGGAAGUAAUAGUACCACUCUGUUCUGCCUUAGUCAGACCACACCUGGAUAACUCUGCAUUUCUGGGUGCCACAAUUUAAGAAGGCUAUUGAAAAGGUGGAACGUUUACAGAGGAGGGCAACCAAGAUCAUCAGGGGUCUGGAAACCAAACCUUAAGAGGAAUUGUUGAGGGAGUUGGAUAUGUUGAGCCUGGUAAACAGGAAACUGAGGAGUAUGAUAGCCAUCUUCAAAUAUCUGGAGGGCUGUCAGAUGGCAGAUGGAUCAAGCUUGUUUUCUCAUGCUCUGGAGGGUAGAACUUGAUCCAAUGGCUUCAAGUUACUAGAAAGGAGAUUCUGACUAAACAUCAGGAAGAACGUUCUGGUGGUAAGAGCUGUUUGACAGUGGAACAGACUGUCUCAGAAGAUGGUGAACUCUCCUUCCUUGGAGGUUUUUAAGCAGAGGUUGGAAGGCCAUCUGUCAUGGAUGCUUUAGUUGAGAUUUUCUACAUUGCAGGAGGUUGGACUAAGUAACCCUUGGGGUCCCUUACAAUUCUGUGAUUUAUUUAUUCAUUUGCAGCAUUCAUACCAUGCAACAUAUUUAAACUACUAUUUAGCUCUUCUCAAAAGUAAACCCCACAGUUUUUUGGUACUUGCACCUAGAAUUGCAGCUCAAAUUGUGUACAACACUUUGUUCUUUUUGACUGUUUAAAAAAGUGUGUGGAAGUCCAAUGACACUUUGGUGGUGAUUUCAAAACUUUGAGUUUCCUGUUCCAGGCACAACAAAUGUGUGAGAACAUCAGCAGCUGCCUUGCACUGAGUCAGACCAGCUUAUAAAAUAUCUGCAUUGACAGUGAUUGGCAGAGUUGUUGGAGCAAACUUAUUUUAUGCCAUUGUUUCUGAAUAUAUUUUUGCUUCCAUUAUAGAACUGUCUCGAAACUUGAAGCUCAGAUCAAGCAGUUAGAACAUGAAAACUUACUCAAAUUUCGUCAUUUUGCAGACAGUCACCUCAGAACAUCCUAUGCCAAGUAAGCAAAUAAUAAAUAUGACCUUGUGAGAAAGUAAAGGAUAGGUGUCUUACAAAACUGUGAUUUUUGAGAAGGAUAAACAUAGCUAUUAGUCAGUUUUCCUUGAUACAGGAUAAUCACAGCAAAACAGAUGCAUAAUAAAGCAUUAAUAAGAGGCUUUCUGGAUAUAGCAAGAUCCCCACUGACUUACUGCAAUUAUCAAUUUUCAGUAAUGUAGCAAUGAUACUAUGUGUUCUUGCUGUAUGUACAGUGGUCUGAUUGUCUGUUGUAUGAACCACGCAAGAUCAUCUUGAGCAGGCGUUGUUUCAGCCAGGGAAGACUCUCGGACAGGGUUAAGCGAUAUUUUUCAGCCCAAUGGUCACAUUUAUUAUUAGUAUUAUUAGUAUUAUUUAUUGAAUUUAUAUACCCCCCCUAUACCCCGGGGGUCUCAGGGUGGUUCACAGAAUAAAAUCAAGAUAUAAAACCACAAAAUACAUAAUAAAAAUAAAAACAACAACUCAAUAGCCCCCCUCCCAAAAACCCCCACAUUAUUAUUAUUGUUUAUUCCACUCUUGGAGAAACCACUUGGGGGGUACCAAAGGCAAAAGCAGAUGGAUCAAUGGAUGUUGCGCCUGCAUUUUGGAAUAGUGGUCUACAUUCUAGCCAUGUAAACACCAGAGGCUUCAGCAUACGCCCACCCCAUCUCUUUCCAGGCCAGCAAGAGGCACGGAGAGGUGCCCUUAAUGAGGUGUCCUUAGCAGGUACUGCUGAUAGCUUCACAACAGGCAGGAGCUCAAAGAGGGCACAGACUACAGCCAGUGAGGAGUGUGGCCUGGAGAAGGCUAGAGGCUGGGAAGCUGCGUUUGAUCCCUGGGCUUGAAGUUCCCACCCUACCACAGCUCUAGGGGUCACAAGUACUUCUCUAAAAAUGUUUUCUCUCCUACCCCACAGAACUCAGCCCCCCAAACAAUAAUUUUAAUGAAUUACAGCAAAUCAGUUCUCAAACUAUCUCUGAAAGUUCUUUACUUCAACUUUUGGAUGUUGAAUAUUCUUCAGAUAGUCUCAGACUUGGUUGCUAUGCUUGACACCCAGCAAUAUUUCAUUUCAGUCUUAAUACACUGCCUACGAACCUCUGGUGUAUAAAUUAUUAUGUACAGUACAAAUAAAACACUUGCUCCUUACAUCAACUCUUUAGUCCCCCAAAUGAAUUAUUCUGGCAUUCUGGCUUAAGUUUGAUAAUACUUGGCUAAAAUGAUAGAGCAUUUACUAAAGUUGGUGCCUUCAGAAUGUCUAUUAGUAAAUAAAUUCUGCAUUCCCCUAUAAAGAAAUUUUGCUGAUUUUUGCAUCUUAAUACUUCUUUAUAUGGACCUUUCAUAUUGGGCUUAACAGUGACUGCCAUGAAGGGUGGUAUGUAGAGGACUAGUUGAAAAAAGAAAAUGAGAUUGUCCCAAACCUCUAGGAAAGCGAAAGGACUGAAAUAUCUCACAAAGUGGUGCAGGAAUGGCUCAGAGGGGGCAGCAGGAGUAGUGUGUGCCCUCAGAAAAAUGUGCCUGGGACAGUCUCCCCAGCAGCCCCCACCAUGCUCCACCCCAUGACUGUCUGACCUUCCUGUAGGUUUCUCCCACUUGAAUUUAGUUACUGUGUACUUUCCAAAGUGGCUUCCUAAAGCUGUUUUCCUCAGCUAGCUCUGUGAGGGUGUGGGAAUGAUUGUUCAUAUUAAUUUUGGCUAGUAAAAUGCUGUACUGUACGAGAAAUGAAACAUGAGCUUUCCAUUAAUUCUCAAGUUUUCUGCCUAGAAGCAAGCUAGCAAGCUCUGAUGUGAGCAGAAGGAAAUGGUUGAUACCAGGAUCAGAGUAUUCAAUCUUCACAGGCCAGCCGUUAGAAGCCCAAGAGAGCUCCAAAGAUAAUCGUUUGGAAGAAACAUACACUUCUUGCAGGUAGGGUGACUUUGAAUGCUAAAUUGGCAAAUAAUCUCUUCCCCAAGGAGAGGUCUCUGUUAGCAUAAGGAGAGCUCUUCCACUGGUGGCUCAUCCUAAUCCACCACUCAUGGGCUUUUGUAUCAGGGAGGAGAUAUAAAAUGAGCCUGCUGUGAUUUCUUUGCAGUUAGGUGGGAAUUCAUUUUCUGUGCCCUUUUGCCCUUUGUCUCCCUUGUAUGCCGUGGGUUGGAUCCAGACUGAGUUUAUUUUAUUUAUUUAAAAUACUUAUAAUCCACCCUUUACCUGACGUGGAAAUACAUUUACAACAGCAGUGACAGAAAUUCAGAUAAUCCAGUACAUCUCCCUUCACUCCAAAAUCCUAAGUGGAUAGAAUUGAAUUAGCUGAAAAAGUUCAGUGCCUCUGAUUUCAAUGGAACACAGCAGAAAAACCAUAACCAUGUUGAUUUCAAUAGGUCUUACUGCUAGGUAAAUUGAACUAGAAUUGCAGCCUUAGUGUGGCUCCAACCCCAAGUAUUUAAAUUGGUGCUUAUGAAAUUUCUUCAUCCUUUGAGUGCAACACUUUUGACAUGUCAUCAACAUGAUUACAGCCCAUGCUGAAUGUGUGUCAACCCAUUGUAUGCUUCUAGAUACCAUACACCUCCAGAAAAGGAUUCUUCCCCAGAUCCGUCGCUGACAAGUGAAAUUUCAAAAAAAGAAACGCAAGUCACAGAAACGCCCAUCAUAAAAGCCUUUAAAGAACUUGAAGGAAGGAAGACAUUGAAAAACUGGGCCACUCAGACAGAGAAAGAGGAAGCAGCUGCUCCUACAAGUAAGUCACCUUGAAUUUUCCUUUGUUUCCUCAGUCCCAGGGUUUUGCUGCUACUUCUUUCUUCCCAGGGAUUAGAAUAAGCCUGGCUCAGUCUUUAAAGGACAGAGAGCCGCUAUGUCAUAUGCAAGAACAGCAGAGCAUCUAUCUGUAUGCAGAAGGGCCCAGGCUCAAUCCUCUGCCUCUCCAGAUAGGGCUGGGAAUGUCUGUCUGAAACUAUGGCGAGCCACUGCCAGUUGAUGUCGACAAUACUAAGCUAGAUGGAGCCAGUCAUUCAACUGUAUUAAGGAAGCUAGCCUUAUAAAAUUCGCUGGUCUUGUUAAUAAGAGGAGAAGGCAGGAGAGUGAUGAAAAAGUGAGCUGUAUGAGAUUGCUAGCCAAGCCAGCUAAAAGCCAGCUUUUUAACUCAUAAAUGAGAUGCAAGCUUUUGUGUGCCUAAAACAUAGGAAGUGUAGUGGUGGGUGUUCAGUUUUCCUGAGUCUUCUCCCCCUAGCAGGACUCCUCAGACCUUUUCUAAGAAACCCCUGGUGCCAUUCCUUCAGCUUACUCUGGAUCACUCAUUCUUUGGCACGUUCUCCAGAAGUAAGGAGGCCUUGAGAACCCAUAGCACAGGACUCAUACAUGUUUUUUCAGUGAGCUUUUGAUCUUUUUCUUGCUUUCAAUAAUGCGUUAUGAUUCCCCUCCAAUUUGAAAGUAUCUUCCAAGUUUGUUUAAUUUUUGAAAUUGGUCUGAUUAUCUUUGUCUUGUUAGUUUUAAUUUUCUUAAGCUGAUUUGGGAGCACUCCAUUUUUUUUCUAGGGGGAAAGCAGGAUGGGAAAGCCUUAGAAAAAUAAAGCCACUUUCUUUCAUUGCUUGUAUAUUUCAGAAGCAACCACUCGACGUCCCACUGUUGGAUUUGAUGAAACAGCUCUCAGUGCCAGCCGGUCCCCAGAGAAAGGCAAAGACCAACUCAGACACAAAAGAUACAGCUCACCUAAUGGUCAGAGGUCCUCAUCUCUUCCACCUUCAAACAGGAAGUCAAACACUCCAAGUAGGAAUUGCAGCUGCAGGCUGCCCAGCUUAUAAUUAGGGUGUACAGAGCCAUCUUACUUAAAGUGAUGUUAAGAGUGUUUCAUAGCUCCAUGGCUUCUGUUUUUACUGUGCCCAUGCUAUUGUAGAAGAUGUCUUAUUCUGCUGCUCUUGUUCUUUUAAAAUUUGAACUUUCAAGGAGUGGCAAAGGUUUUGUUUUCAAAUCCUGUAAAGAAACAGGGCAGGAAGGUGCUAUGAUAUUUAAUGACUGCUCCCACACAACCUUGAUCAAUCCAGCUAACCUUAAGAUGAACUACACUGAGGGUGGGCGGAGCAGCAAGGUUGUCCCACAGUAGAUUACCAGGAAGUCCAUUUCCACAGCAACCCCUUCCUCCAUGUACCUUUUUUAGCAGCUGGAGGGGGCUGCUAAUACACCUCUUGGGAGAUGGAAUUGGACCAUAGGCUUCCAGCUCCCUACCAUAGCAUACUAUUUAAGCAGAAGGUAUUGUGGGAAAAUGCUUGAAUAACGAUUUUUUUUUGGCAAAGGCAACAGGAGCAUAAUAUUACAAAGCAUCAGAUGCUUGUUCUAAGACAUAACUAAAUUCUAAUAAGCUAUUUCUCUUGGCAGCAAGGAGAGAGAUAAUGUUGACUCCAGUUGCUGUGACCUACAGCCCAAAGCGGUCUCCAAAAGAGAACCUGUCUCCAGGAUUUAGCCACUUGCUCAGCAAAACUGAGAACAUGGUGACAAGGUAACUGUCUGUCAAUACUCAUUUAAGGGCUGUAGGGGAGAGAGUUGGGUUUGUGUGGUGUUAAAAAUAUUUUCACAAUCUGCACAAAUAGUUGUAUAAAACAAACCACAGGAGCAGCAAAAAAACCACAGGAGCUUCUGCAUCCCUGGAUACACAAUGGACAGACUGCUUUCUUGAACCUGUGUGUCAGUAAUGAUGAUGGAGGAUGGAAUGACCCUUUGUUUUGGAGAUAGGAGGAGGAGUAACCCUUUGGGAGGACAGCCACCUCCAUUGUAGGAAAAUGCACGAAACAAUUGCUCUUACAUUACUUUGUUGUUGUCCCUUACUCAGCAAGCUUUGGAUAUAGCUUAUACUGCCAGUCCACCUGCGGCUUGCAUUUACUGGAUUGGAGCAAUUGCCAUUCAAGUAAGAAUUUUGCACAAGCAGACCUUAGUCUUACUUCUCAAGCUCACAUUUAGUUGUUGUUUUUCUUCCUUCCUUUUUUAACUGACCAGAAAUGGCCUUUGGAAUCCUUCCAUUUUGCCAUUUCCUGUGACCACAAGGGGUAAAUCUCACCAGGACUCAGUGAUGUGGAAACUGAGAAAUAUUUUACAAGUGCUUUUGUGUCUUUUCUCCCUAAAAUACUAGAUUUGAUAUUCUGCUUGAUGAGUUGGAAACUGCUCCCACACCUACAUCGCAAUACAGCAAUCCAAGGAAAAGGCUCCAAUUUCGCUCAGUAGGUGAUACUGAAGGUAACACUUCACAGUAGCUAGGAUUCUGUUCCUUGGAAUAAAUAUUCUUUUGCAUUUCCAACCCCUGCCUCUUUGCAGCUGUACCCAGCAGAUGCUGUCUAGAAGUAUAAAAAUUGAUAGUCGCUUUUGCUGUUAACAUCAGACAUGAUCAAGAGAACUAUAAAUAUAAGAAUGGUCUACUUACCUCUGGAUGUAACAGGUCUCCAAGUGGGUUGUGUUGCCUACCCUGCAGCUCAGAGGCAGGAAAUACCCAAAACUUCCACAAAAUACUUUUCUGCUCUUGAGGUUGAGUUCAUUUGCUGUCUCAGCUUGGAGCAACAUCCUGUUUGGAGUCUCUCUCCUUCAGUCUGUUUCUGUGGAUUUUGGCACUUUUCUCUGUCUGUUUAUAUGGUUACAUGAGACAGAUCAUGGCAAUUGGUUUUAAAAUUUCACUGAAUUGUAAGUUUAAACCUGCACACAUGUAAUGUCUGUUUUUAACAACUCUUGAACCAUAACAAUAGAGAUUAACAUUUUUAAAUGCUGUAAGAUCAAACCCAGAAGUAACUCUUCACUUACUAUAUUUAGAAAUAGUAAUUAUCAUAUAUAUAUAUAUAAAAUAUUCUUCUUUAUAAAAUUCUACUGUUUAAAUUUUUCAGAGAUUAAAUUAAAUUGACAAAACCUGUGGCACAAUUUGCAUUUUGGGGCUCCUGUUUUAAUUGAUCUCUGCCGCUCUUAUCUGUUUUGUAUAAUGACAGGUGUACUUCUAGAGUAAUAAAGGCUUUUGAAUUUACAUCAGUCAUGUUUUAUGUUUUUCAGGAUUAAAUAUAUAGGGUUGGAUAUAUAGGUAAAUUAAUUGCACAGUUCUAGGCCUGGGCGAUGUAUCGAUACAUUGCCCAGGACUGAUAUGAGGGCCAGACCAUGAUGACUGCUUCACCUGGCAGUAUAUUGUGGGUGAAACUGCAUCUGCUGAGUGCCACCAGCACCUGAGGGAGAAACAAGCUACAGCCAAGCGCUGGUGGCAGAGCGGCUCAGGAGCAGUGGCAGUUUCACCCGCAAUAUACUGCCAGGUGAAGCAGCCAUUGUCUCUGGCCCUCAUACUGCUGAGGGAGGAACAAGCUACAUCAUCUGGGGCUGAUAUAGCUUGUUCCUGCCUCAGCUGCUUGUUUGGGCAGGCGGCUGCUUUAAAUUUGGAAACAUGCAUCCAAAAUAAUUUAUUGGGUUGUUUCUUUUUUGCUGGUGAUUUGACUACAUGCUCCAAAAGACUUUGCCACAUGCCAUGGAGCUGACUCAAUUCAAAGUCUCCAAGACCUUCUUGAGGGCUUUGCUGAAGUUAGAAGAUGUUCAUGUUCAAUUUUUUUCUUGCUUGUCCAAUAUAUUCUAUGUACUAAUAAUUUUUCCAUGAAGAGCUUAAAAUCUGAUUUCUGCUCUUUUCUUUUUGGUGGUGGGUCAGAACUGGAGCAUGUUGGCCCUGGCAAAGGCAGCCGUACCAAGCCUUCCUCUUCCACAGAUUCUUUGCCUGCAGGAGCAAAGAUAGGCAUGGCAGGGCGAACGUGGGAAGACGAGAGCUCUGUGCAUACAAGCCUGUCUUCAGCAGCACCAGCACCUUAUGAGAUGGAGUUCAAAUACAUGUCAAGGAUUAAGACAUUGACCGAAACAGAGAGACUCUUUGAUGAGCUCACACAGGAAAAGCAGCAGGUGCUUUGACUUCCUACAUUUCUUGUUAAAGUUCUGUGUUUUGGAAAAAGGUCUACCACUGCAGUACCUGUGUUUAAGGUACUGUAUAUUAAUAUUCAGUAUCAGAAACUUCAUCCAAGGCAGUAUGUCUCUGAAUUCCAGUAGUUGGGAAUUGCAGGUGAGGAGAGCACUGCUGCACUCAGGUCCUGUUUGCGGGCUUCCCAGAGGCAUCUGGCUGGCUGCUGUGAUUACAGUGUCUUAUGUUAGGUGGGCCUUUGGCCUCAUCCAUGACUUCUGUUCUGAUAUUCUUAUCUCACAGUAUGGUCUUAAAUGCCUACUAAGCAAAAUACAUGGUCUCAGUGGAAUUCAUUCUUGCUCAAGGAAAAGGAGGCAAGUAUGUUAAACUUGGUUGUCUGUUUUUUAAGCCGGGUUACAGUUGCACCCAUGCCAAGUAAACUUGGCUUGCCUCAACCAAGAAUGAAGUGUGGCAAGGCCCUCUUCUAAUCUGAAUAAUGUCCAUGUGGGCAAGCCUAUGUUUGCUGUGAUGUCACUUUGAUUUGCUCUGUGCCCUCUCCACCCCUCUCUACCCCAGUAUAUCUUCUGAUAUGUAUGAAUGACAGCAGGAUUGUAACCAAAACAUGGCCACUGAGAAACCAGAGGAAAGUUUUAUGUACGCUUGGGGGAAACCCCAAGGCUGGCAGAUAAGGGGCAACCCUCCGCAAAAUAAUUGCCCAGUAAGGUCUGAGCUACAAACUGUAGAGUGGCUUUUGGAAAAAGGAAAGCAGAACUGAGGGGCAGGAAGAGGAAUGGGAAGCCUUUACCCUGCUUGGCUGGAUUAACUGGCUAUGACCCUGAACAGGACCUGAGCUGAUGCAAAGCAGCACUUCUUGUUUCAAGCCUCCCAGUGGUUGUAUCUAUUUCAAAACUGCCUUUUGGGUAAUAAAACUUGAAAUGGGAAGUGAAAUGGGAUAUCCAGAUGUGGGCAUAUCUGUUAACACAACCCAGGAUGGUACUAUCCUAAGAUCUGUUGAGCUGGAGAAGUAGUUUGUGGCUUCCUUGUAGAUGAAAUUCCAAGGUAGUUUUAUUCCGACUCUUGUAGCUUUCAUAAUUUUCACUGGCAUUUAUUUUGUUUUCCCAGAUUGAGUCCCAGCUGAGUCGAAUACCUUGUGCUGGAGGGAGAAUGACUCUGCAGGCAAGACUAAAUCAGGUUUAAAUUCUCAUGUUGAAAUCCUGAUGGGGAGGGGGAAAGUUGAAUCUUGCGCGGAACUGAAAACUAUAGUAAAAGUAUAUUUCCCUUCUCUCUUCUAAGCAUGUGCCUCAUUUGGGAGUUCUAAUGUUUGACUUCCAUGUGGGAAUGAACCACUGCAGAUUUAUUUUUAUAGUUGUCUCAAGCACAGUUUUUUUUAUUCAUGCUUUGUUCACAGUGGAGUUGAAGAUGUCCCUUUAGCCUUUAUGAGGGAUAUUUGCCACUGCAGAAUCUUACAAACUAAAUGAAGAACAAUUUGGAGGUGGUUGGGAUUCUCACAUUUCCCCCAAUGGGCAGCAAAAUUUCUAAAUGGGUUGUUCUUGUGGGGUAAAGAGUACAUACAGAGUUACCAUUUUGGAAGAGCUGGGUUUUGCCUUUUCCUGGUCUUUAAUGUGUGUGUUUGAAUAUUUUGUUUAGGAAGCCUUGGAAGAUCGCUUGGAAAGGGUCAAUAGAGAAUUGGGCUCAAUCCGCAUGAUCCUGAAGAGAUUUCAUGUUUUACGUACCUCUGCAAAUAUUUGAGAUGUCUCUGUUUAAAUUUAGAUAUCCUUUUGUUUGCACUAAAAGUAUAAUAAUUAUGCACUCUGAAAAUGCAAAUCGUUUUGUAUCUUUUGUAAGCCCUGUGCAGCAGUUUUGCAAUCAUGUUACCCUUUACACACUAUUUUGUAUUGAGCCACAUAUAUUUUAAAACCUAUUUUUGUUACACCUGAAGGGAUCAAUCUGUCAAUUCUGUAUUUUGCUACUUUUGAAGAAGUGUUAAUAGUUUUUUUGAAACCUUGAACAUGAAUUCUUUAUAAGAACAGGAGCAACUUAUUUUCAAAAUGUGAUCAUGCUGAAAUCGAUUUUGUGGUGCACCAGGCUCACUGUUUUCAUAGAGCUUGUCUUGCAAAGUAGGUUACAAUGAAGUAUUGAAUUUUUAUUUAUGCUAAACAUGACGCACACAUAGCUUCUUGUUGUGAAGUGAAUGCUACACCAGUGCUACACACCUUGUAGUUCAGAAAUUGCAUAUCCUUUCUUCAACUUCUUGCUCAAUUGCAGCACAGUAUUUUCCACAGCUACACAAGUCCAGUUUGCAAAUGUCAGUUUAAAUAACAGUAUGCACAGCAAGGGGUUUUAGAAAGGCAAAAAUAAUGUUUCUCUUUUUUAAAAGAGUUUUUAUUUUGCAUGUUUUGUCACUGAAAUAUUAAUUAAAACUGAAUUGCCUAAAA